AUGUAUUUAUUGAUUGAUCGAGUGGGAGGGCCAGACGCUGACGACGACACGACGCUGCAUUUCAUUGGUAACAAUGUAGAUAAAGUAGUCGAUGGUUUAAACAGGGCCCUUUCAGAGAUUUCACACUGGUGCAGAAACAACAAACUAACCAUACACGCUGGAAAGUCCGAGGACAUCAUAUCACACAGAGCUUUCUACGGCCCACUAAGACCCAUUAAACUAGGAGAUAAGAUCCUGAAUGUUGUUGACGAAACAAGAUGUCUGGAGGUCAUUAUUGACUCCCAGCUCUCCUGGAACGGCCACGCAGAGCACCUCUGUAAAUCCUUUGGAAAGAAAGUGAGGCAACUUAAAAGAUUUAAAUACUUACCAAAAAGUAAACUAGAAACAAUUUACUUCAGCAGCAUUGUUCCUUCUAUCAGCUAUUGUAGCUUAGUCUGGGGCACCAGCACACCACCUUUGAUGAACGAUCUCAAACAUAUUCAUGCAAGGGCAGCUAAACCAUCUACAGACUGCCACGGGACAUAUCAGAUCAAGAUGCCCUAG